GAAAGCAACCAAGAUGACCACCGCGAAGAGGUAAUCAACACAAUGACGAUCGUGAUGACGAAUAAAAAGGCGCGAUGUACGAUCGGUUGUCCGCCAAAGACGGCGAUUCUGAUUGGCUAGUUUGCGAUCAAGUAGAGGGAGGGGGUUAGAGGGAAGAAAGGUGCUGGUAGGGGUUGUUGAAUGAGUACUGGGACGAGCGACGUCGCAAACACACUCCGUCACAAUCACCCCGACGGGUAACGGAUGUUCGAACGAUUCCGUAUUCGCGCGCCAAACUCACGAGCGAUAUACGAACAGCCGAUACCACGAAUUUCUUUAAACUCGAAAGAAAUCGACUGAACGAACAGACGGCUGUGUCCACGAAUUCGAAAAAAAGAAAAAAACGACACACCGCUGUAUCCACUGUAUUAUUAACGAAUCGUUUCACGGAAGUGAAAACAUUAAACGAACGCGAGAAAUAAUAUAUAUCGACCGAGAAAAUAUAUUUGAGACAUAAGAAAAGAAGAAGAAGAAGAGAAAAAAAAUGUUCGCCGCAAUCGUCUUUGUCUUCAUAUUGAACAUGUUAUGGAUAAUAUGUCAAGCAGUACCAUUGCUUGAUUUAAAGAAUGCGUUAGAGAAAAAUGAAUUGAACACCAUAGUCACAUCAGAGUGUUCUACGAAUGGAAAAUGUUCAGAAUGGUUACCAAUCCAAGAAGUUCAAAAAGAUAUUCCCACUAUACCUGAAAAUUUAUCCAUGUCCAAAAUUGAUAUUGAACGAGAAGCUUCAAACUUAGAUCCAAAUACAAUAAUAGAAACGUGGGGUGAUGUUUCUGCUCCAUUAAAUAAAUUUUAUCAAACUUCAACAUUUGGUGGCAAAACUGGAAAUAGAUUAUCGAAGAAGGAUGUUGUUAUGUCUCGUAGUUGGAGUGCUGGUGGAAUGCCCUUUUCCGUUCUUUAUAUGAAACCACAUGCUUCUCGUGGAAAUCAUGCCAGUACUAUUCAACAACAAGAGCAAGGAAAAAUUGAAAUUACGACGCCAGCUACAAUGCACUCCAAUUCUCGAAUUGCAGUACGUAACGGAAGUACUCGAAGACAAUAUUCAAUAAUACCACAGCUUUUUAUAUCAUAUGGAUGGGGUCCAUUUGGCAAAUGAUAAGAAUUCUAACUACUUAAAAUAUGACUGUUCAAAAGGAAUACUGAUCUCAUAAUUGUGGUAUACGAAAUAUUUAAUUAUUUAUAGUUUUAAAUAAGUGUUAUAUUUUAAUAUAUUCAUGAUAAAUUGCAAUUCUAAAUUUUAAGAUAUUCACAAACAAUAAUAACAUUAUCUGUAAAUAUUUAAAUAUUUUUCAAUGUCUUUAAUAUAUCAAAAAUCUCCUUCAUUUUGUCAAUUAUGAAUAAUUAUUAAUUAUAUAAUAUUUAGAAAAUCGUUAUAUAUUAAAAUUUAUCAAAUUA